GUCCUCCCAACAGCUUGUCUCCACAACUGCACCAUCUCCCACCCACAACCCAGAUUCAAAACCACCCCACUGCAAACUCCAGAUAGAUAGAUGGAAACCAUUUACCUGAGUCUGGAAGGACCAAAGGCAGCAGAAGGACAGCGAAGUGGAGACACCAAUCCUCGGGACAGAAAGGGACAACCCUCAGAAGGAGAGAUAAAUCCACCUUGAGGGGGAGGGGCGGGGAUGGGUGUACACCCUGCCUCGCUAUAGGUCUAUCUCACUCUGAUUGGCAUCAACCCCGACCAAUGGGACCGGGGGAACUAAAGGAUGACGCGCCACAAGAGCAGAAUCCCGCAAGAGGGAGACGCCGUUCCCGCGGGGUGCGCGCUCCCGGGGCCAGCGGCUGCGCGAGCACGAGAGGCCGGCUUCCAGGUGAGUGGAGGCGCGGGCUGGAGGCUCCUCACCUGCUGCCGGUGGCGGGGCUGGGACGAUCGGCAUCCCCGCUCACGAAUGAGUCAUCUCUUUGUUUCACUCGUUACUUUCAUCAUAAAACUGGCAGCUGCUCAGGGCUUUUCAGAUGGUGAUUUGAAGAUUGAAUGUGUGAAAAAUCAGAUCACUGUGAAGUUUGGAGAAGAUCUUGUUAUUCCCUGCUACCAUCACUUUGUGGAUGAACCCAGUGCCAUUACUUUCAGUUGGAUGAAGAUGGACACUGUGGGUGUUAUCUACAAUUAUACAAUGAGCCACAGCAGCCUGGAGGAGCAAGAGCCCAGCUACAGAGACAGAAUCGAGGUCUUUGACAGUGAGAUUCCGAAAGGGAAUGUGUCACUGAGAUUGAGGAACGUAACUCUGUCUGACUCGGGUAUCUACAGACUCUCCGUUGCCACACGAUCCCAAAGCACUGAGACGAUGGUUGCUGUGGGAGUAAGAGCUGUAGGUGCACAGCCGGUCAUCCGCUCGCAUAUUACUGAUCAGGGCUUCUCCAAACUGGUAUGUGAGUCCUCGGGAUGGUUCCCAGAGCCCACUGUGAUCUGGGAGAAUAGCCUGGGGGUGCAACUGACACAGUAUGCACACACGGAGACAAUCAAUAGAACCGGUGGGUUUCUCCACAUGAGGAGUACGAUUGGACUAGACCACGGACCGAUCAGCAAUUACACCUGCACUAUGAUGGACCAGCACCUGAAUGAGGCGGUCUCAUUUGUUUUUGUUGUUCUGAUUCAUGUGGAAACCAACUGUUGCAGGAUCGCCUUGGAAUAUCGUAGUCGGGACCGCUGGGACCAUUGUCUUUUCUGUGAUUUUGGCUGUUUCAGUUUACUGGAGUUGGCAAGCAAAUCUGCCAUCGUCACCUCGUCUGGCUUACAUGAGACCCCAGACCCUCAGAAAACUGACUGUUCAAUAACACCAGAUGAGCCAGUCAGAAUCAAAGAAGGGGCUGGAAAUGGAGAUGACAUGCACAGCCCUGUCAAACCUCAAAAGUUCUCAUUGUUAAUGCCUCAGACAACACCAUCACUAUUGUCCCACAGGCAGGAUAAGCCCAGCAAAGGUGGUAACAUAGUAGCAUAUAGUCAGGAGGGAGCUACCCUGCCAAUCUUCAAUAUUGACUCUGGGCCCCAUGAGAUGUCUUGGCACUUGCUCAGUAGUAAGCUGCUCAGUGACAUCCAAGAAGAAGAUGAAAUCCUGGCCAAAGCGAUGAAGAAGCCAGGUAAACUGAUCUUCUUUGAGCGUUCAAAGAUUGACCAAUCUCUCUCAUCUGAGGGAAAGAAACACCUUUACAGCAAAGAACGAGUUCUUCAGAAAAUCAGGAAUUAUUGUUCUAACUCAUUGGUCACAAUGGUUCCAGGUUUGUUCCUUGUCGGAUGUGACAGUGACAGAUUUAUACUUCAGGUUGGAGAUGAUCUUAUCACUCCCUGUUACUUUUAUUCACAAAACGAGCCUCAGUUCAUCACCGUCCAAUGGGAGAAACUGGGAGCCAGCAGAUUGGUUCAGCAUUAUCAGAUCAACAGGACUCUCUUUGACCAACUGGAUCCAGACUAUCGAAACCGAGCCCAGCUGUUUGAGAAUGAGAUUGCAGAAGGCAAUGUCUCACUGAGGUUACACAAUGUGCGUCUAUCUGAUGCAGGGACAUACAGGCUCAAUGUCAGUGCGACCUCAGGAGCUAGUUUCAAGGAUAUCACUAUUGAGGUGGGAGGCUGGUAUCCCGCACCGAGUGUGACCUGGCAAAACUACAGGUGGAGGAACAUCACAAAAUCUUCCCAGACCCACGAGACAGACAGCAGAGAUGGCACAGUCCGGGUACGCAGCGCCAUGACCUUCCCGACUGGCUCCAAAGGCAGUUUCACCUGUACCAUCUGGAACUCAUUACUGCACCAGGGCAUCGCUGCCAAUUAUACACUGCCAACUGUAGGCUAUGGCCCAUACAUCCAGUCACGGGUAACAGGAGGUGGGCGCUCGGUGCUGACCUGUGAGUCCUCAGGCUGGUACCCCACUCCAGAUGUCAGUUGGCACAAUGACCUGGGUGACACCAUGACACGAUUCCUACUCACCGAGCUGACCAACAGCACCGAUGGGAGCGUGUCUGUGAAGAGCUCACUCAAACUGAAAGCUGGGUCAAGUGGGAACUACACCUGCACCAUCUGGAACCCGGUGUUGGAGCAAGGAUUGUUUCACCGCUUCACUGUCCUUACUUCCCGGUAUAAGGAGAUCCAGUCACACUGGUAUGCUGCUGGUGCCAUCGUUUCCACUGCCGUCUUGGUUGUUGCCGCGGUGAUCAAAGCAAAGACCUUCAUCAGGCAGAUAAAGAAAGAAAGAAAAGCUCAUGCUGCCUAUCCUCCAGCUGAGUGAAGAGGCUGCGAAACUGAGGCAGAUUCAAGAACACUGCAUUGAGAGAGAUUCAGGCAAACAAUCUCACCCUGGACCUCCCGAGCAAGAAACUAGCAACAAUGGCUGGUUACAAC